GGGCAGUAUGAACUCACCAUAGGCUGAGCGCGACAAGCAAGAGAGUGAGUGAAGGAUUCGUGUACGGAAGUGUUUGCCAUUCUCAUGAUUUCUCCUCAAGUAAAAGCCUCAGAGUCAGACUUUUUACAGUCUAUGGUCAGACCCUCCAAAAUGAGUAAAUCGAGAACCUUGAAGAAAGAGAAAAUAAGUGUGGCAAGCGAGAUUGACCGCACUGAAGAGCGCAAAUUACACUGUAAAACCAGCCUGGAGAGGGCAGAAUUCAGACAGAGAAAAGAGCAGCUCUCAGACAACGACAGGCUGGCCCUAGAAGAUGAGAUGACCAUAUUGAAUGAAAGAAUUCAGAAAUAUGAAAAGGAGCUGCAGGUGCUGAGAGGAGAGAACAGGAAGAACAUGAUGCUGUCUGUCGCUCUGUUAGCCAUCAGUGCUCUUUUCUACUACACAUUUAUAUAUUAAGAGGUAUUUUUCUCUCAUGCCAAACACUGUCAGAGAAUGAGAUUUGGGGAGUCGGAUAUCCAUUCAUACCCAUCAGUGUUCAUCAUUUGGCAACACUGGUUUGUUCAGAGGUUGUGAAUUUGUCAGUGUUAUUUUAGCCAAAAAUACAUUAUACCGUCUUCAUCUUGGCCUCAACGUGUUGGAUUGCCUCAACUCUAUAGUUUGUUUGCCAUGUAACAAAGAGACAUUAGAUGCUUGUUCAUCAGAGAGAGACACGGAAUUGGGAUUAUGUAUGUUUAUAUGAUCCUCAUUGUGAAACACUUUACCCAAUAAUGACUAAAUGAUGUUUCUCUCCAGAUCACUGUUUAUUGCAUUUCAACAG